CACACUGCCUUCAAACCGCCUUUGCUUUGCUGCACGUGUGCCAUCCGUAAAUAAUACUUUUAUUAUUGUUUCACCCACCAAAAUGACCCAGGCGGAGAUUGUGAAGCGUCUCCGGGAAGAGUACGAUCUCAGGAACGGCAAGCAGCAGGAGCCCAAGAAGAAGGAAGACCUGCUGACCCUCACCAAAAAGUUCCACCAGCGUGUUUUGAACCUGUUGACCACUCACAAAGUGCCCUACUCCAACAAAGAAGAUGAGAACACCUACGAGGACUACCUGCUGUCGGACACCGAGGAAUCGGGCAACAAAAAGAGCAAAAAACAGAAAAUCCAGGGAAAACUGAAAAAGCCGGACUCCGACGACGAGGAUGUCGACGCCCGCAUUGCCUCCAUCAAGAAUAAGCUGCGCCAGAAGAAGGGUCCCACCACGGAGCGCCAGCAGAAGCGGCGCGAGUCCAAAAAGCUGAAGCGCAGCAAGGGCGUCCAGAAACUGCUGCUCUCCUCGGCCAAAAACCUGAAGAACGAGAACGUCAAGCACCAGAAGCUGAAGAACGGCCUGGUCAAGGCGGAACAGGACCCCGAAGACAGCAAGGAACAGAUCAAACCGGUCAAGGUGCAGCCGGUGUACAACCAGGAGGCCAAGAUAGUCUACUCUAAGGUGGACUUUGCUGCCAAUCCGGGCGGCAAGACCAAGAAGUCGCACCAAAACCCCAAGGAGAUCCUGAAGAAGUUGCGCGACACCAAGAAGCACCUCACCGAGCUGCGCGAGCAGGGGGAAACGGACAAGGCGGCCGAGAUGCAGACGGACAUCGCGUGGCGCAACGCCUUCGACAAGGUCGAGGGCAAGAAGGUCAAGGACGACACCAAGCUGCUGCAGAAGGCCAUCAAGAAGCGGCGCGUGGAGAAGAAGAAGUCGAAGACCAAGUGGACGGAGCGCAAGCAGAAGGUGGAGCACGACAAGGAGAAGCGGCAGAAGAAGCGACAGGAGAACCUGGACAAGCGCAGCAAGGACAAAAAGAACCGCAAGCUGAAGACGGCCAGCAAGAAGGGCCGCAUCAUACCCGGCUUCUAGGCAGGGCUAGCUUUAAGUACAUAUAAAAUAAUGUAAAUGUAUGCCGCGUUGAAAUUCAACUCAGAAAAAAGAGUAAUCGUUUAAAAA